UAUUAAUAAGGUAUAGAUCGUUAACACGGUCGUAUGAUGACUAGCCGUCUUAUAAAAACGCCAUCCCCUCGUAGGUACCUAACCUUGCUCUCGGAUUUUCGCAAGGUGAAAAACACAAGUUUGUUCUUGUUGUUUUGCGUAUCGCUUCUGGCCCGAAAACCACACGCAAUAUACAUGAACCUACCUCAGCGCUGCGAUCUCUACUCUAGAUCAGUCACAUCACAAACUCAAGAAUCCCUGCAACAUCCACAGCGAAACUGUAACAUCAAGCAUCGACAACACCUUCCGUUCAUGGUGCGAAAUCCAUCGUCAUGAUGAACUCAAGUCAGACUCCGACGACAUCUGAUCCCGGCACCAACCCCGAGCGACUAUCUGAGUCAGUAGCCUUUCACGAACUCCAGGGCCUCAUGCUACUACUUGCUUCCUGUCUUAUUUCAGUCCUCGCAUACCCCUUUUUACCUUCGACUGAGCGGCAUGACCCGCCUCCUUGGGGCAAAUGGCUAAAUUGGCAACCGCUGGCCGGUCUUCUGACGCAUUAUGCGCUCUGCAUGGUCAUAUAUGGCCGCGGAUCACUCAGUCUCUUCGAGAUCCCCCGGUUGUUGGAACUCUCCAUGUCGAUAAUCGCGGGGUUUUUGGGCACGGUAGCUUGGGCGCACUCUCACCCCGGAUACCAAAAUGAUCUAUCUGUGCAGUGCAGUCUGGACAGACUGGCGUUCGUGGUAGUCCUCAUGGUCAAGUUCUGGGCUGUUGCUCCAGUCCUUUUCUGGAUCGACGGGCGCAUAGACAUGGAAAUCGCCCUAUUCCAACCGAUCUAUCAGGUACUCCUGGCGUUGCUCAUAUACACGACUAUCCUGGAAACAGGGGUCCGAACGUGGGUGAAGGGCCAUGUGCAGCUGUUUGUGAAGAGAGACUAUCCAUCGUGGCGCUGGAUCGCAAGGCAAAACGACACCAAAGAUCAGCCUGCGAAAGAGGCAACGUGGCGCAGCUGGCUCGUCUGGCUAGUCCCACAUUGCAGGUAUGGCCUUUAUACUGUAUUCGUCGCAUUCCAACAAGGAAAUCUCAAAAACCUUCGAGACUCCGUGUAAGGCUCACUUCAGGUCUGCGAAGUGAGUGACCUCGGAGCAUCAGCAGGAGUGAGAUGGGUCAAGCACGGGGCAAGACCCACCCCAACGCAUUAGUCGACGAAGAGACACGGUCAAGGGCGCAUGUAAUUUAUGCCCAUUGAUCAUGCUUGGGCGGAGGAGCGUAGAAUGUUGGUAGGGCCUCGGAUUAAGCAGUAGCACAAUCGGUCUAGUCCAAAGUCGAGAGCCAGCCAUCCUCCAUGGCAAAACAAAUAACAAUAUGUCUGACGGCGAUAAUCCAUCUUCAAAGCAUCAAAAAUACCGUUGAUAGCAAGUGAUUCCUGUCAAGUCGGACGAGGGACAGUGUCAUUCGGAAGGGGG